UAGAUUGUCAAAUAUUUACACCUACAAUUAUUAAGUUCUACCAAGCCAACAAAAACACAUGUUUUUAACGUUUACCAGUCAGAGUUCCACUAUAAUAUUAAGAUGGACAAAGAUUCUUGCCAAAAUUUCUCAUUAGACUCUACGUCCAGUUCGCAGUUUGCUCUUCCGCCAGUCUGCAAUCCCAAAAGGAAGAAACCGGAAAAAGAGGAAACUGAAAAGUCCGCCGAGGAAACCUCUCCACACUGUUCCAACGUGAUAACAUCGUCAUCCACAUCCUCGACGACCACCAUAUCCAUAGGCGUAUUUGAUUCGCAAUGCAAUCUGCAUAAUGCACCUGUUCCCGAGGCCCCAAAUAUUGGCUAUGAAUUGAGCGUGGCCAAGUCAAUUUUGCAGAAAUAUAGCACACUCAGUGGCGACAACCUAUUUGAUCACUUGAGUGAUAUUAUAAAACGAGUGAUUGACGAGCGUCCCCCCAAUGUUAUAGAUUUCUUUGAGGAAUUUAGCCGGAAUGUUCGCGAACAAAAGUUCCAUUUGCCAGAACGAUUUCCUCCCAGCGGAGUUUUCGAGGAAGUUCGCACCUUUCGGGUGGCCAAGCGGAUUCUCCAAUCCAUGAAGCUGCCUUAUAUUAUCGAAGGCGAGGAUUUGUUGGGCGAAGAUAUGUCCGGUGAAGAUCCAAGGACAAACGAAGAGCUGCGCAUUGUUAUUGACGAUUCCAUGCGAUACUUUGUCACUUUUAACGAACGUGUGCAGCAAUUGCAGUUUUAUUGGACACAAUGUGGAUUUAGUAUCAGCAACGAUGAUAUAUUUCAGUUGGCCAGCGCCAUGAAUCGUCUCCAGACCCAUCCCUCGAUAAUGCAGUGCAGAUUUUGGGGCUGCAUCAAUGGACUAAAAGCUUCCUAUUAUAUAGUUGAAGCCACACUGACCCGUGAGGAAGUGGGCUCCCGUUUGGUCAUGAUGGAGGAGGAGAUGAGGGAAAAGCAAAUACCCUUUAAGAUGCGAAAGGACAGGGAGGAUAAGCCCUUACCGCCUCACAUUGGGCCGGAACUCACGCCGGGAAUCUAUGGUUGGGAGGAGUAUCCGGCCGAAGAACUGGAGAAAAUGAGACCGAAGGCGGUACCCGUUCCCCUUGUUGAGGAAAUAGAGUUUUACGACAUUCCACCGGAGUUAGUUGGCCUAGGGUCCAAUAGGUACUCCUACUUCGUAGUGAAUUCGCUCUUCGACGAUUGGAUCGAGUUGCCCAUUGUGACUCCACGGCAGAUGGUAGUGUCCCGCCAGAUCAAGAAGUUCCUAACCGGCGAUCUGGAAGCGGAUGUAAUCUCUUACCCCUGUUUUCCCGGCAAAGAGAAGCAUUACCUUCGAACCUUAAUAGGUCGCAUCACUGCCAGUACUUAUAUAGCACCUGUGGGUUACUACAGGCGGAUGACCAAGAAGGAGAAACGCAUGUUCGAGGGCGAGGAGGACGAUGAAGGCGAGGAAGAGGAGGAGGAAGAAGAGGAGGAGGAGCUUAACGAAGGCGAGGAGGAGCAAAUAGAAGAUAACGACGUAAUGCUUUUGAAGAAUGAGAAAUACGAAGCAGAACCAUUGGGAUCUCUGGCCACUCCGGUGGCUUGGGUUCAUGUAAGGUCGAACAUCCUUAACAUCCAGGGACGAGUGGUUUGGUACGACGAGGAGAAGGCCCGUAAGGAAAGGGAAAAGGCCCUCGCCCUCUACUUGAAAAUGCAAAUGAUGGCCGAGAUGGAGGAGGAGCAGGAGGAGGAGGAAGAGGAGGAGGAGGGCGAGGAGGAGGGCGAAGAGGAAGGUAUGAUCGAGGGCUUUAAUCAGCCGGAAAUAGGUCCAAGUAUUUUGUCCUCCUGCGCCAACGAUAUGAACGCCGAAGUACCGGUUCCCUGGUUAGUCCGCUUGACCAGCAAGUAUACAAACCAGAAGGAGCGAAUGCUUCUCAUGCAAUCAAACAUCUGGCCGGGGGCGUUCACCUUCAUCUUCGAGAAGACCUGCGAAUCUAUAUACUUGGGCUGGGGCCACAAGUACUACGCCCGCAACAUUCCCUUCAAGCAUUUGCCCAUGGUGCAGGAGGAGUUUCCCCACCAUGCCGAGGACUUUAUCGAGGCCAGUGAUCCAACUGUUGAGGAGGAGGAAGCCUACAAGGCUUGGCUCCUAAGAAAACAGCAAAAGGAUGCCUAUGUGGCAGAAGACAUCGAAGAUUACGAUGAUGACGAGUUCGACGAUCAGUACGAUGAUGACUAGUUAUAGCCUGUUAAUGUUUAAAUUUACCUUUGUGUUCUGCAAUAAAAAGACUUAGCAAUCAGCAAAUACAGAAUA